AUGGAGACUCUCGUGACAACAACAGGCACGCUACUCAACAGUGCUGCGGAUGUCUUUGAUCAGGUCGUCUCGGCGGCCUCACAGUUCGAGUCCACGCUCUCCCCUGCCGCCAUGAGCGUCGUCAAAGGAUUCAUGGGGAAUGAUGUUCUGUCUGCUGGAUUCUUCCUGAUGAUCAUCGGCAGCUCCUACACGUUCUUCAAGGACAUGAUCGUCGGUUACUACCAAGAGGUGCAGUCCUGGUUCUAUGUGUCGAUCGUGGUUCAGGAUGGAGACCAGUUAUAUAACUGGCUGUCUGACUGGAUUUCUGAGCGCCCUCUUACAAAGUCUAUACGACAUCUGUCCGCCAAGACUGUGUGGCCUGAGAACGACGAUGAUCUGGACUACUUUGACGAUGGCGAGGAGGAGCGACCCAAGCUCGUAUACGCCCCCGGCUCAGGCACGCAUGUGCUCUAUCACAUGGGCUACAAGGUCAGCGUCUCGCGGGAAACACCAGAUCAGGGGACCUCGAACGAAGACAGCGAGCAGAACCGAAUUUUGAAGAAAGAUAGCAUCACCAUUUCCACCGUUGGCUGGGACAUGAGCCUGCUCAAAAUGAUUGUUCAGGACGCAAUGGAUAAGUCGUACAAGAAAAGGGCCGGCAAGACCACCAUCUACUCUACACAGCCCUUUGAUAACUACUGGUCCAAUGCAGAAACCCGCGCCCCUCGUGCUUUCCACUCGGUCAUUCUUGCGAAGGGUCUCAAGGAAGAACUCCUCUCAGAUAUCACGAUGUUCCGCAAGUCUGCUCGAUGGUACCAUGACCGUGGUAUCCCAUACAGACGAGGAUACCUUCUGCAUGGACCUCCAGGAACAGGAAAGACCUCGUUCAUUGUCGCUCUGGCUGGUCAUCUCCGCAUGAAUGUCUGCAUCGUCAACUUGGGUAUUUCAGGAUUCAAUGAUAAGCAACUGAACCAACUUUUGAACAGCGCCCCACGCAACAGCAUCCUGCUUAUGGAGGACGUGGAUGCUGCUCUGGUCAAGCGCAAGGCAGGAAAGGACCAGGAAGGAGAGAACAAUGUCACCUUGUCGGGCAUCUUGAAUUCCCUCGACGGUAUCACAGCCCAGGAGGGCAGUGUUGUUUUCAUGACCACCAACCAUAUCCGGAAACUCGCCCCUGCCUUGAUCCGCCCUGGACGCUGCGACCGAAAGUUGCUCUUUGACUAUGCUGACGAACACCAGAUCCGGGGUAUGUGCCUCAAGUUCCUCCUCAGUCGAUCAGCCUCUGGCCAGCUCACCAAAGAUCGCCUCACCAAAGAUGAAACCCUCUCGGAGGAGGUCGAUCCUGAGGAACAGGCCCGCAUGGACAUCUACGAUGCUCAUGUACAUGAGGUGGCUGAGCAGAUCUGCCAAAAGAUCACUCACAAGGAUUCCGUGACGACCGCUCAGCUCCAGGCGUUCUUCAUGCUUCACCGCGAGAGCCCCGAUACCAUUGUGGACGCUAUCCCCGGCUUCCUGAAAGAGCUCGCGCGUGAGCGUGCGGCCCUGUCGACCAAGAAGCGGCUGCGGCGUCAGCGAGAAGAAAGGAUGAAGGCCAGAAAGGAGGCUGAGAAGAAGAAAGAAAAGGAGGCCAAGAUUGCAGCGGGAGAGACAAUGGAGGCCAAUGGGGACGAAGAUGACGAGGACGAAGAAGCUACAUCGGAAUGUAACACGGACUCGGACUAUUACGAGGAGGCCGAGGGCGGCAGUGCAUCGGUUUUUGGCGCAAAGAAUAUCAAUGGUGAAGCAAGGUAA